AUGCGGCCCUUUGCAAAUGACAGAGAAACAGUGAUGACCCCCAUGCUGGGGGACAUAAAGCAGGUAGCAGAGAGGAGAGCUCCGCUGUCUGCUGCACUUCCAGAGGAGGAGGCCCCGCUGCAGGAGGAGCCGGGAGGCGGAGAAGAGGCCCCGCGAGUUGUGGAUUUGGAGCAGCUGGUGCCCGUGGGGGGCGUGUUCCACAUCUCUGUCCUGCGGCUGCCGCCCCAGGCCCAGGACGUCGGGGACUGGGUCAUGGUGGAGCUGCUGGAUGUUGGACUGGAGGAGUAUCCAUAUUCCCCAGGAAAGGCUGAAGAUGGCACACAGGAAGCAGUACAGAUCACCCUGAGGCUCCCUGAUAAUGUGAUUUAUUUUAAAGUGCCUGUGCUAGCCCGAUGGGAUCCUGCCGGCCAAUGGUGGAGAACUGAUGGCAUCAGCAAGAUAACCUAUGAAGCAGAAAAAAAGAGCAUCACCUUCAGCAUGGGUGGCUUUUCUACAGUAGCCCUUCUCCAGGAUGCUCACCUGAACCUGCCCUAUCAGGCCUGGGAAUUGCACCCUACUGGUGUGGAUGAAGGCCUCUUCACAAUUACUGCAGUCUUUGCAACCAUUCAGAUACAAAUUAAGGAUAAUCAGUGUAUGUUGUCUUCAGUAGUGGUGGAAGAGGAGGAGGUGCUUUCCCACAUCACAGGGAAAUGGAUGAGUCCUCUUGCCCUCAGAGCAGCUUUGAAAAGAGCUGGAGUGAACAUUUUCCCAGCAGAGCACUCUCCCAAGUAUGUCCCUGUGCCCAGGAAGGGUCCCCUGGCAGAAGUGAGGGCCUAUGAACAGAUGGCUCUGCUGGCAGCUGCUUUUGCUUUUGCUCACAGCAAGUGGAACGGAGAAGUGGGGCCAGAGCAAGUCAUGUUCAAGGUGAGUGAACAUCUGACAGCAGGUUCUGCCAAAGGCAACCACUGGUCUCUUUUGAUGUUCGAUGGUGAGAAAGUGCAACACCUCAAACUCACUGAAACCAGUGAAGCUUUUUCAGAAGAGGUGCGAGAAGAGUCUGAAUUUCACUCCACACUCUACCAUAUGGUCAAGGAUGCCAGCAAUGAAGCCAUGGAAAAAGUGGAAAGAGCUGGCUGCAUGUUCAUUGAUUCUGUGUAUCAGCUGCUCCUUGCUACCAGUCUUAGCAUACUCUUAGAUACUACUGCAUGCUUUCUUUCAAAACUUUAUUAUCAAAAGCUUUCAAUAAAGUUACACUUCAAGUCUUAA